AUGGCUGAUUCCAUCAUUCUCACAGAUAAGAAAUCAUCUAAAGAAGAUCAAAUCAAGAUGGUGAAGUCAAUUGCCAAGAACAUUGUCAAUGAUGUUUUGGAUGACUUGACGGAAAGUAACGUGUUAAAUAGAGACAACUUGCGCAGUUUAGGGGAAGGCGUGAGCUGCGUUGUGAACAACGCUGAAAAUCUGUUAGAGAAUAUCACUGAGAAAACUCAAAUAGCAGGAAAAAUACUUAUGAACCACCUCUUCAGUUACAAAAACCAGCUGAGUUUAAAACUUCUUUCUGAAAGUGAGGAUAAUGAAUCUGAGAAAAAUUCUGCAUCAUCUUCCUCUUCAACAGAAUCUGAAGAAGAGGAUGAAGAAAGCAGUGAUAAAGAAGAAGCUGGAUCAGCUCAGGCAGUGGCUGUCUCUCCAACAGCUCCUCAAGAAAUCCAAGGUGAUCAACUCAAUUAUGAGUUGAAGCUUUGCCCUCCUGAUGAUUUUCAUAAACUGAGGACAGAAAAAGCAGAUGAGAUAUAUCCGGUGAUAGAGAAGAAGGGCCGAACACGCCAGGCCCUCAUCAUUUGCAACAAAGUAUUCGACCAUCUUUCUAAUCGAUAUGGUUCUGAAAUUGACGUUUUGGGGAUGGAAGACCUGCUUGAAAACCUUGGAUACUCAGUAACUGUAAGGAAGAAUCUCACAGCUCAGGAAAUGGAAACAGAACUAAGGCUAUUUGCUGCCCGCCCAGAGCACCAAUCCUCAGACAGCACAUUCCUGGUAUUCAUGUCACAUGGCAUCCUGAAUGGAAUCUGCGGAACUAAACACUCGGAUCAGGAGCCAGAUGUUCUUCAUGACGACAUCAUCUUUGAAAUUUUCAACAACCGCAACUGCCGGAGUCUGAAAGACAAACCCAAAGUCAUCAUCAUGCAGGCCUGUCGAGGCAGAGGUUCUGGGAUUGUCUGGAUGACCACAGAUGGGCCAGAUGUCACUACAGAUACACAUAACCAGCUCUUAAGGUAUAAAAUCUCAAAUGAUGCUAUUAUGAAGGCCCAUGUGGAAAAGGACUUCAUUGCUUUCAAAUCCUCAACACCAUAUAAUGUUUCUUGGCGACUUGAUGAACAGGGCUCUGUCUUCAUUUCCCUACUCAUCUACCACUUCAAAAAGUAUUCUUGGUCUCAUCAUUUGGAGGAAAUCUUUCGGAAGGUUCAACGUUCAUUUGAGAUCCCAAAUGUGCUGACCCAGAUGCCCACCAUCGAAAGAGUAUCCAUAACACGAUAUUUCUACCUCUUUCCUGGCAAUUGAAACCGAUAAGAAGUAUCUCAGUCUCACGCUUGUCCCCCAGG